AUGGAGGUUAUGGCUUUCGCAACUGAGAGUGGGGUGCGCCUUGAUCUGCCCGACGUCGAGGUUGAGAUGCCCGUCCGCACCCUCACCGUCGUCGAUACUCCCAUGCCGUCCUUCCUGAUUCCCACGCCGACUGGCCUGGCAAAAGUUGACCUCACCGGCAGCGUCUCAGCCCUCCCCCUCCCUCUUCCAGGCAUCACGGACGUGGCGGUGUGCGGCGAAACCAUCGCGGCCGUCGGCGGGGAGAUGCUCGCGCUCGACAGCGACAUCAUCGAGCUUGGGAAAGAAGCGGCAGGCGUGGCAUUCCUCAAUCCUUCUACUGUGUCCGUGUGGACGACGGAAGGCGGCCUCCUCCUUGUCGAUGUCGAGAGCCGCGAUGUGGCGACGACAGAACACAAGCGCGUGCUCGCCAUCCACCCUUGUUCUAUUGUGAAGGCGAGAUCGCGGGCUGCGUCUCAACGCGUCCUCGCCGAACGAACCAACGUCCCUAAGAAAGUUGGGUUUGACAAGCGGACCGUGAGCGCACCCGAUCCCCCCUCUGUGGCUAGUACCGCCCGGAUUCGGCCUGCCAACCUUUCCCAAGACCCAGACCAGACAAUCAGCACUGUAGCCCCUACCCCUCUCUCGGCCAAGGAACGCACACACUCGCGGGGCGGAUCACUCAACUUUGUCAAAGAGGAGGACGAUUCGUCUACCCCCUCCCCGACCUCUGAGGAAUGGCAGGGAGGGCCAGGAUGGGACGUCGUCGAGGAGCUCCGACGCGAGAUCGGCAACCUCCAGAUGGACAUGCUGCGCAUGGGCCGAGGUCUGAAGAACGAGAUCCGUGUGGCUAUAGCGCCGCUGGUGGAUGAGCUGCGGGCUAGUCGCGAGACGAUUGCCGCGCAGCAGGCUGAGAUUGAGCGCUUGCGGCGGGGUUAUUAG